CUCCAGGCCAACGUCGUGCAACGGGUGGCUAGUCUGCCGCUCUUCGACUCCGCCCUGAAAUCUGUUGUUUCAGUUUACACGGACGUAAAGGGCCGUUACCCGCUCCUGGGUGUGGUGGGGGGCGUGGCUGAGAUUGGGGUGCGUAAUGUGUCCCAGGCUGCCAUUCUCCGUGCCACCCCCCUCCUACUUAGUCUGGAACCCCAGAUUGAGGUCGUCAAUAACUAUGCUUGUAUGGGCUUGGACCAGCUGGAAAAGAACUUUCCCGUCCUGCACCAGUCUACAGAGGAGGUAUUGGGUCACCUGAAGGAUGCCUUCUUUCUGACCCUGGAUGAUGUGCAGCUGCGUGUGAAUGAUGAGCUGGACGGGAUACAGGGGCGCUGGGACAAGCUGACCGAUGCCACCUGGUACUAUCUCCUGGCUCUGCAGGAGUCACAGCUGGGUCAGAUGGCCACCUCGGGCCUGGACGACAUCCUCACACGCUCAGAGGAGGCCAUGGCCAAGUAUAUGCCCCUGACGGCUACACUGCGCCUAGAGUGGGAGAGGAGGACACAGCAGUUUGAGGAUGAAGAUGGGGAGGAUGAGCCUGGGUUGUGGACGCGGUUCCGAAGCCUCCUGCUCUGUCUGAGCCUGCAUCUGUACCACCGCCUGCUGAAGCUCAGAAACAGGCUGGAGCAGGCCAUGGUGAUGCUACAGGAUGCUACCGAAAGGAUUGGCCUGAGCAGGCUGCUGGUGGUGGUGGGCUCUGUGCUCCAGAGGCUGCAGCUGCUCUAUGUGUACCAGGUGUUGCGUCUAGAGGCCGUGAGGAGGCUGGCCCUGGACCAGCUGAAGGCCCAGGUACGAGUCCUGGCUGAACUGGGGCCCGUCAAGCAGCUGCUGGGACUGCCUGCUCAGGUGCAGCUUGUGUUGGCCGACCUGCAGGAGCUGGGCAAGAUCCUACUGCAGCUGCUGGUCAACAGCACCCCUCUCUACAACAUGCUCCAGCAGCCAAGUGAUCAGGAUGUGGAGGACUUCCUCAACCAGCAGGAAUCCAUGUCCUCUGACACCACUCGCCGCAGUUCUGCCAAUAGCCUCUUUCUCAAGGCCAUGGACGGCCGCCCACACAAACGCACAAGCUCGUAUGCCCGCUCCCAAAGGGGCUCAACCAGUGCCCCCAGUCCAGCCCCAGCCAAAUCGCCCAACGGCAGCCAUGGCAGCCAGAAGCAGGAUGACCAGACUCUAUCUCUGGAACUCAAGAACCUGGAUCUCCCUUCCACCAUCGCUGUGAGUCAUCGCUCUUCAGUACGCAGGGGCUCAUCCAGCGGCAUCAAUCCCCCAGACCCCAGCCCAGCUCCCGACCCAGCCCCGGCUAACCCAGUCAACAACGAUGACCAGCCUCUCUCUCGCCAGGGCAGCCAGAAGCCUGAUGACCAGCCUCUUUCUCGCCAGGGCAGCCAGAAGCCUGACGACCAGCCUCUCUCUCACCAGGGCAGCCAAAAGCAGGAAGACCAGCCUUCCUUUGUGGAGCUGUACAACACUGUGUGUCGCCGCUCCUCAGCCAUCAAGUUCCUCUUAGCCCCCAUCAUUCAGUAUCUGAGCCCUGAGCCACUCUCAGAUGAGAUUGUUAUACCUGAGGUGGAGUCCACCAAGUUCCAUGCAGACACAAGAGACGAGAGCCCAACCAUACGCAAGAGCCUGUCUGCCCGCUCCCACUGGAGCUCAUCCAAUGCCGUUGCACGCGAGGUGGAGACCACUGAGGACCUGAAUCCUGAACAAGUCUCAGAUGAGGCCAUUGCACUCGAGGUGGAGAGCACUGAGUACUACUCAGAUGCAAGAGACGAGAGCCCAUCCAGACGCAAGAGCCUGUCUGCCCACUCCCAAAGAAGCUCCUCAAGUGCUGGCAACCCAGAUGACCAGCCUCUCUCUCGCCGGGGCAGCCAGAGGCCAGACGAUCAGCCUCUCUCUCUGGAGCUAGACCCCCUGGAGCUCCCUUCUACAAGCACCGUGCUUCGCCCCUCCUCGGCUGCCGAAGUCCUCCUUGGCUCCAUCCUCCAGUACCUGAGCUCUGAGCCACCCUCAGAUGAGACCAUUAUACCCGAGGUGGAGACCACCGAGAACCACACAGAAGCCAGAGACGAAAGCUCUCCAAGACGCAAGAGCCUGUCUGCUUGCUCCCGCUGGAGCUCGUCCAGUGUUGUUGCACCCGAGGUGGAGACCACUGAGGACCUGAGCCCUGAGAAAGUCUCAGAUGAGGCCAUGGCACUCGAGGUGGAGAGCACUGAGUACUACUCAGAUGCAAGAGACGUGAGCCCAUCCAGAGGCAACAGCCUGUCUCCCCGCUCCCACAGAAGGUCAUCAAGUGCUGGUAACCCAGACGACCAACCUCUCUCUCGCCAGGGCAGCCAGAAGCCAGACGACCAGCCUCUUUCUCUGGAGCUGGACCCCCUAGAGUUUCAUUCUACCAGCACUGUGCGUCACCCCUCCUCGGCCGAGGUCCUUCCAGGUUCCAUCCUCCAGUACAUUAGCUCUGAGCCACACUCAGACGAGCCUGUUGUACCCGAGGUGGAGACCACCAAGAACCACACAGAAGCCAGAGACGAGAGUCCACCCAGAAGCAAGAGCCUGUCUGUUCACUCCCGCAGAAGCUCAUCAAGUGCUGGCAACCCAUCAAACGUCCGCCAGGGCAGCCAGAUGUGGAAUGACGAGCCUCUCUCUGUGGAGUUCGACAUCCUGGAGGUCUCUUCUACCAGUGCUUUGCGCCGCCGAUCCUUGGCUGCCGAGGUCCUCCUUGGCCCCAUCCUCCAGUACCUGAGCUCUGAACCAUCCUCGGACAAGACCGUUAUACCCGAGGUGGAGACCGCAGACAAGAACGCACACGCAAAAGACGAGAGCCCACCCAGACACCAGAGCCUGUCUCCCCGCUCCCGCAGGAGCUCGUCCAGUGCUGUUGUGCCCGAGGUGGAGACCACUGAGUACUACUUUGACGAAGGAAACGGCAGCCCACUCAGACGCAAGAGCCUGUCAAUCCGCUCCCGCAGGAGCUCAUCCAGUGGAGGCAACACCCCAGCCCCCGGGCUAGCCCCGGACAACCCACACAAUAACCGCCAGGGAAGCCAGAUGCAGGACAGCUUGGAGAAGUUGGACACCCUGGCCCUCCCUUCAAUCAGCGCAGUGCGUCGCCGCUCCUGGGCUGUUGAGGUCCUCCUAGACCCCAUCCUGCAGUACCUGAACCCUGGGCACUCAGAAAAGGACGAUAUAGAAGAGGCCGAAAUACCCGUGGUGGAGGCCACAGAGCAUUAAGAAGUCACCAGUGUACUAGAAAUGGCCCCCCUUUGCAGGCCCAGGUGUAAGACUUAUUAGUUGAUUUUAGUUUGUGGGUACACAUAGGGGGGCCAUAUUUCAGCAGACAUAAUCUGUGAUAGGUCCAUUGGAAUACAAAAUGUGUCAAUGUAUGUCACUGAAAGAUUCAGGCGCUCUACUUCAUGUACAGACGCCAACCCACAUUUGUUUUGGUUUCCUAACUGAGCAUCGUGACAUUAUACACCUUGUACCCCAUUAUAUAUUAGACCUAACUAUUCUUCAAUGAUGUGCUAACCUGAUGUCGCAUUCUGUUUUCUGUUACACUAAGUAGGCGUGAGAAACAUAGCUUGUCAUGAUUAAAGGUAGAAUAUGGAUGGAUUGGCCUAAAGAUGGAAGGAUGUUGAAUGUGUUGAUUGAGGAAUGAGCAUCGAAUAGACAGUAGAAAAUGUGUAUGUCUUUAUUACAAUGUCAUAACAUUUAAUAUUUCAUAACAUAUAAUACAUGACACGUUUAGAUUGUCCUACAGUAUGCAUCAACAUAAUAUUGGUUGUAUUCAAGAAAUAAAUAACAUUUGUAUUGCUGCGGUGAAAUAUAUUGAGGUUAUGAAGAGUGAAAUAAAGUGUAAUUUCCCCAUCUACAGUACAGUAUUCAGUUCAUACAUGUACUUUCCCAGAUUAACCCAUUCCGGUUUCAUGCAUUGCAUAAAGGUGAACAUUACAACAUAUAACUUUUCUCCAAGAUUUAUUACACAGAAAUUAAAUAGUUUUAUCCACAUUAGAGAGAAUACAGUAGACGGUACGCGUCAAAUGUUUGAUUUAUGACCCUAUGUCCGGAUGACGUGUGCAUGCCCAUAUUUGGGCAUCCGGUCAGGACAUCCUGGCGGGAAGUUGUGUGUGUGUGUGUGUCUGCAGAGGUGUUUGAAACAAUGUUUUUUUUUUUUUUAUCUAAACAAUUCAACAAUAGGAGGGCAUAUACAUAUCGCGUAUUAAUUAAUGCUGUGGGAUAAAUCAGGUGUUUCUUGGUGGUCUUAAACAAAUCUACUGUGAAACAAAAGUGUACACUUUACACACGUUUAUUGACUUUAAAAAAAAGACCACAGCAACAUGUCAGAUAUAGUAGAGAUGCUACAAAAUCUGCUAGUUUGUAUGUAUUAUCCAAAGCCUGUCUGGAUGUGAACUACAUUGUGCCUGGAAAACUUACGGAGCUGGGGCUUGUGUGGGAUAUCCUACGAGCAAGAGAGCCUGUCUUGACGACGGGGUGGAAUUGGAAACGGCAGGAUGUAUAAACCUAUAACCGGGCCCUUUAUCUGUAAGAAAGGAAUAGUAAAAUUGUUUAAUUAAUUACAACAUGUUUUAAAAGGUCUGUACUAAAAAUGUUGAAUUAAAUAAAUGGUUUUAAAUUUGUAUCUCACCCUUUAACGAACGGGAAUCGAUUGUUUUCUCUCUCGCGGAAAAAAGCUUUUCUGGGAAAAUGGGUCUGUGCGUUUCAAAACAAUGUAUUAUUUUAUACGAAUACAGUCUUUCCUACAACAGCAUGUUAUAAACAUAAAUAUUUAAAAGGUUAUUAAAGUGCAGGACUGUGUGUGGUAAUGAUGUACAACUAUAGUACAACAAUGUUUAUACAUAACACAUUUGUGCAUGUUUAAAUAUUGCGCCGUAAUAAUUAUAACAUGUUUUAAAAAGGUUUGUACUAAAGAUUUA